GCGCGCACGGGCUAGUCUCUGCCCUAAUGCGGCGGCUGGCAGCGAGAGGCGCUGCAGGGGACGCGGGGGAAGUGGCGGCGCCGGCAGCGGACAUCUGGGACUGCGCCCAGGGCUGGAGCUGGAGCUCCUGGAGGUUGAUUGACUUAUGUGCAGUUUGGGAGCCUGGAGUUUUCUCGCCCUCUGCAGACUGGAGCGGAGCCUCCACUGGUGCGGCCCAAAGCAGGCCGAAUGAGGCAGAGAAGCUGAGCACUGUCUGGAAAGCCCACGCAGAGCGGCACAAGGCAUCGAGAGCCCGUGGGCUGGGCAGCUGGGAGCAAGGCCCGGUGCUGAGGAUGGACAGGCAGCAGGCACCACCCUGGGUUCACUUAGCCCUCAUCCUCUUCCUCCUCAGCCUCGGAGGGGCCAUUGAGAUUCCGAUGGACCCAAGCAUUCAGAAUGAGCUGACCCAGCCCCCAACGAUCACCAAGCAGUCAGUGAAGGACCACAUCGUGGACCCCCGUGAUAACAUCCUGAUUGAAUGUGAAGCUAAAGGGAAUCCUGCCCCCAGCUUUCACUGGACUCGAAACAGCAGGUUCUUCAAUAUUGCCAAGGACCCACGGGUGUCCAUGAGGAGGAGGUCUGGGACCUUGGUGAUCGACUUCCGCAGCGGUGGACGACCUGAGGAAUAUGAAGGGGAAUACCAGUGCUUUGCCCGAAACAAAUUCGGCACUGCGCUUAGCAACCGGAUCCGCCUGCAGGUGUCCAAAUCUCCCCUGUGGCCCAAGGAAAACCUAGACCCUGUCGUGGUUCAAGAGGGGGCCCCCCUGACACUGCAGUGCAACCCCCCACCUGGCCUCCCGUCCCCGGUCAUCUUCUGGAUGAGCAGCUCCAUGGAGCCCAUCACUCAGGACAAGCGUGUCUCCCAGGGCCAUAAUGGGGACCUAUACUUCUCCAACGUCAUGCUGCAGGACAUGCAGACCGACUACAGCUGCAAUGCACGCUUCCACUUCACCCACACCAUCCAGCAGAAGAACCCCUUCACCCUCAAGGUCCUUACCAACAACCCCUAUAAUGACUCGUCCUUAAGAAACCACCCUGACAUAUACAGUGCCCGAGGAGUUGCCGAAAGGACGCCUAGCUUCAUGUAUCCCCAGGGCACCUCAAGCAGUCAGAUGGUACUUCGUGGCAUGGACCUGCUGCUGGAGUGCAUUGCCUCUGGGGUCCCAACACCAGACAUUGCCUGGUACAAGAAAGGUGGGGACCUCCCAUCCGACAAGACCAAGUUUGAGAACUUUAACAAGGCCCUGCGCAUCACCAACGUCUCUGAAGAGGACUCGGGGGAGUAUUUCUGCCUGGCCUCCAACAAGAUGGGCAGCAUCCGGCACACGAUCUCGGUGAGAGUAAAGGCUGCUCCAUACUGGCUGGAUGAGCCCAAGAACCUGAUCCUGGCUCCUGGUGAGGAUGGGAGGCUGGUAUGCCGAGCCAAUGGGAACCCGAAGCCAACUGUCCAGUGGAUGGUGAAUGGGGAACCUUUGCAAUCGGCACCACCCAACCCCAACCGUGAGGUGGCUGGAGACACCAUCAUCUUCCGGGACACUCAGAUCAGCAGCAGGGCAGUGUACCAGUGCAACACAUCCAACGAACACGGCUACCUGCUGGCCAAUGCCUUCGUCAGUGUGUUGGACGUGCCCCCUCGGAUGCUGUCUCCCCGGAACCAGCUCAUCAGGGUGAUCCUUUACAAUCGGACAUGGCUGGACUGUCCAUUCUUCGGGUCUCCCAUCCCAACACUCCGAUGGUUUAAGAAUGGGCAAGGAAGCAACCUGGACGGUGGUAACUACCACGUCUACGAGAACGGCAGUCUGGAAAUCAAGAUGAUCCGCAAAGAGGACCAAGGCAUCUACACCUGUGUGGCCACCAACAUCCUGGGCAAAGCUGAAAACCAAGUCCGCCUAGAGGUCAAAGACCCCACCAGGAUCUUCAGGAUGCCUGAGGACCAGGUGGUCAAGAGGGGCACCACGGUGCAGCUGGAGUGUCGCGUGAAGCAUGACCCCUCCCUGAAGCUCACGGUCUCCUGGCUGAAGGACGAUGAGCCACUCUACAUUGGAAACAGGAUGAAGAAGGAGGAGGACUCCCUGACCAUCUUCGGCGUGGCAGAGCGGGACCAAGGCAGUUACACGUGCGUGGCCAGCACCGAGCUGGACCAAGACCUGGCCAAGGCUUACCUCACUGUUCUAGCUGACCAGGCCACUCCAACUAACCGUUUGGCUGCCCUACCCAAAGGACGGCCAGACCGACCCAGGGACCUGGAGCUCACUGACCUGGCUGAGAGGAGUGUGCGGCUGACCUGGAUCCCAGGGGAUGAUAACAACAGCCCCAUCACAGACUACGUCAUCCAGUUUGAAGAGGACCAGUUCCAGCCAGGGGUCUGGCAUGACCACUCCAAGUUCCCAGGCAGCGUCAACUCAGCCGUCCUCCAUCUCUCCCCAUAUGUCAACUACCAGUUCCGAGUCAUUGCUGUCAACGAGGUUGGGAGCAGCCACCCCAGCCUUCCGUCUGAGCGCUACAGAACCAGCGGAGCACCCCCUGAGUCCAAUCCCGGCGAUGUAAAGGGAGAAGGAACAAGAAAGAACAAUAUGGAGAUCACAUGGACGCCCAUGAAUGCUACCUCUGCCUUUGGCCCCAACCUGCGCUACAUCGUCAAGUGGCGGCGGAGAGAGACCCGGGAAACUUGGAACAAUGUCACAGUGCGGGGCUCUCGCUAUGUGGUGGGGCAGACCCCUGUCUACGUACCCUAUGAGAUCCGAGUCCAGGCUGAAAAUGACUUUGGGAAGGGUCCCGAGCCUGAGACCAUCAUUGGGUACUCAGGAGAAGAUUAUCCCAGAGCUGCACCCACGGAAGUUAAAAUCCGAGUCAUGAACAGCACAGCCAUCAGCCUUCAGUGGAACCGAGUCUACUCUGACACGGUCCAAGGCCAGCUCAGAGAGUAUCGAGCUUACUACUGGAGGGAAAGCAGUUUGCUGAAGAACUUGUGGGUGUCUCAGAAGAGACAGCAGGCCAGCUUCCCUGGUGACCGCCCCCGGGGCGUGGUGGGCCGCCUGUUCCCCUACAGUAACUACAAGCUGGAGAUGGUUGUGGUCAAUGGGAGAGGCGAUGGGCCUCGCAGCGAAACCAAGGAAUUCACCACCCCGGAAGGAGUACCCAGUGCCCCCCGGCGUUUCAGAGUCAGACAGCCCAACCUGGAGACCAUCAACCUGGAGUGGGAUCACCCGGAGCACCCCAAUGGAAUCCUGAUUGGAUACACUCUCAAAUACGUGGCCUUUAAUGGAACCAAACUUGGAAAGCAGAUGGUGGAGAACUUCUCUCCCAAUCAGACUAAGUUCUCGGUGCAGAGAGCAGAUCCUGUGUCGCGCUACCGCUUCUCCCUCAGCGCCAGGACGCAGGUGGGCUCCGGAGAAGCAGCCACAGAGGAGUCCCCAGCACCUCCAAAUGAAGCUACUCCAACUGCAGCUCCUCCCACGUUGCCCCCGACUACUGUGGGUGCCACAGGCCUUGUGAGCAGUACUGAUGCUCCUGCCCUUGCUGCCACCAGUGAAGCCACAACAGUCCCCAUCAUUCCAACUGUCGUACCUACCACCAUCGCCACUACCGUCGCCACAACUACUACAACCACUGCCGCCACCACCACCACCACCACCACCACCACCGAGAGUCUUCCCACUACCACCAUUGCGACUAAGAUUCACGAAACCGCCCCCGACGAGCAGUCCAUUUGGAACGUCACGGUGCUCCCCAACAGUAAAUGGGCCAACAUCACCUGGAAGCACAAUUUCAGGCCUGGAACUGACUUUGUGGUUGAGUACAUCGACAGCAACCAUACGAAAAAAACUAUCCCCGUUAAGGCCCAGGCCCAGCCUAUACAGCUGACAGACCUCUAUCCCGGGAUGACGUACACGUUGCGGGUGUAUUCCCGGGACAACGAGGGCAUCAGCAGUACCGUCAUCACCUUUAUGACCAGUACAGCAUCUGCAGAUCAAGGUGGUAACAGCCGCGGGUCUUGUGGGCUCGGCUACUUGGCAGCCAGGACUGAGGCCCCACCGAGGGCCUGCCCCUCACUCCUUUAAAGGUGUUUAUGGAGAGAGCCUUCUUGGAACGAUGUGUUUGGCUUGGCCCUGAGAAGACUGUGAGACAGUUUCUGUAUCCUACACAGGCAAAGGGUAAAAUGUACCCAGGAGCUAGGGCACAGGGUGUCACAGGUCCAGUGUGUCUCCUAGGAGGAGGCAUGGUGCUGUGACUCACUCCAUGGGCUGCCUUUGCCCCCAGGCCUGCUCUGGGCUCCCCUGGGAUUCUGUGGAUCCUUCCCUUCUUGAGUCUCGGGCCCCCUGAAAGGCUGUGUUUCAGGAAGUAUCCCCUUUGGCCUCUCUCUAGUCUACAGAAAGAAGGGUGAGUGGAUACCCAGCCCAUUCUCCCACAAACCCAAAUCCCCAGGCCCUGGACAUCAUGGACACGUUCAAAGGACUCUCGGGCUCCUGCCCUCCCAUACACCUGCAUUCCCUUCAGACCACAAGGGGAUCUGUGAGAUGAUCUCCCCAGCAAAGAAGGCAGGUUGGCUUGUCACAGCCCACCAGGAGCAAUUCCCUGGGAGGUGACCUGAAGUCGCAGACCCAGCAUCACUGCCUGCCUGACCUGGGCACCUGGGCCUGAAUUAUCUGCCUGCUGUCAGAGAGUACACAGUCCAGCUGGGGAGACUCGAAAAGGCACAGGGCCACCUGAACCUCCAUCUGGCUCAGGAGCCGCUGCCAAAGCCUGGUGGACGAAGAGGCUGUGCCUGCCCGCAAGGUGUCCUCCAGCAGGGUUAAGCAGCGUGGCCACGCUCAGCCCCCUGACAGGUACCACGCAGGCCCGCCAUUCGCCAGAACUGUGCUGCCACACACCAUCGCCCAGUCUCACCAGGCUGUGGUCAGCGCGUGCAGUCUCAUGCAAUGCCGCGUGCCUCCUCUUUAGUCAACGUCUCCAUCCUACAGGGCCCUGCCCCGCCUUCUGCUUCUCCGCUCCCUGCACCCCUUUUCUUUGCCUCUUUUCGUUCCUUAACCGUUUUCUUUCGUCCCUUGAGCAGGGCAGCUAGGUGGUAGCAAUAGGCUCUGGGACAAACCUGCCCGGCAGCUGUGUGCCUCCCCCCACCUUCCCCCUCACCCCCUCCCCCAGCCGU